CUCGCCGCCCUCCCGCGCUGUCCCCCGCUGAUGCUGCAGCUGCUCCGCGCCCCCCCGGCCCCGCUCCGCGCCCCCGCAGCCGCUGCCCUCAGCCUUUCCCCGCACGGCUCGCAGCAGAACGGUUCCCGCUGGGCUCUCUCCUUCGACAUGUCCUCGCUUUCCAGCAGCCAGGAGGUGAACCUGGCCCAGCUCCGUGUCCACCUGCCCGGCAUUCCCCCCCAGAUUUCCCUGGAUAUCUACCACAGCCGGAGGUGGAGGUGCCGGGGAGGUGGGACCUGCGCCCACCAGCUCUUCCUGGGCACGGUGACGGGUGCCCCCUCUCCCACCCAAACCUCCUGGAAGGUGUUUGAGGUCACCAACCUCCUCCGGUCCUGGCUUCACCAAACGGUGUCCCCCGAGCGUCCCAAGGGAAAGGGGAGGUGGGAGGCGAGUGGUUCGGCCACCCCGGCCACCAUCACCACUCACUCGCCCACCUCCAGCAACGGGGAGCCAGCCCUGCCCCGGGACGUGAGAGACAAAGUCCUGCUGCUCGUUUUUUCCAAGGAUAAGUCUCCAGGAGAACACAGCCUCAUCAGGACAGCCGAGAGCUCCAAACACGUCGUGCGUGACAGCGGUUCCCAGGGCGUGGGAUCCCGGCGGCACCGCAGGAACAGGAUGGAGAAGGCAAGGAUGAAAGUCAGCGAGCUUGGAGCCGCUGUCCCGGGAGAAGAGAGCAAAUCCCUGUGCCGGAGGGUGGACAUGCUGGUGGAUUUUGAGCAGACGGGUUGGGGCAGCUGGAUCGUCUACCCCAAAAAAUACAACGCGUACCGGUGCGAAGGGAAGUGCCCGUCGCCCGUGGAUGAGACCUUCAAGCCCACCAACCACGCUUACAUCCAGAGUUUGUUGCAGCUCUACAAACCCAACCAGGUGCCGUGUCCCUCCUGCUCCCCGGUCAGGAUGAGUCCCCUCUCCAUGCUCUACUACGAGAAAGGGGAGAUCGUCGUCCGGCACCACGAGGACAUGGUCAUCGAGGAAUGUGGCUGCAACUGA